AAUCACCCCACGAUCCGAAGCUUCUUCCCCUCAUCUUCCCGACGAAGCAGCACGCAGCUGCAACGACUUGCAAGACAGAAAACCUACCAAAUCAAACCAAACCACAACCGAAUCUCCCGAAUCCAAACCCCCACCGUUGCGCCCUACCUCCGGCGAUAUCUGCCGCCGCCCUCCUGUAGCUAGGCAGACAUCUCCCGCUGCUGAUGGGGAGCGACACGGAGCCGGCCAAGGGGCUGCUGCCCUACCUGCAGCGCGCCGACGAGCUGCAGAAGCACGAGCCCCUCGUCGCGUACUACUGUCGGUUAUAUGCGAUGGAGAAGGGACUGGUGAUCCCGCAGAAGGAACGUACCAAGACCACCAACUCCAUCCUUGUAUCCCUCAUGAACCAGCUCGAGAAGGAUAAGAAAUCAUUGACCUUGGGGCCUGAUGACCAUCUACAUUUAGAGGGUUUUGCAUCGAGCGUUUUUGCUAAAGCAGACAAACAGGAUCGUGCUGGACGAGCUGACAUAAACACUGCAAAAACAUUCUAUGCAGCCAGCAUAUUUUUUGAGAUUCUCAAUCAAUUUGGCGAACUUCAACCUGAUCUUGAGCAGAAGCAGAAAUAUGCCAUCUGGAAAGCUGCUGAAAUAAGAAAAGCUCUCAAAGAAGGACGAAAGCCUGAAGCUGGUCCUCCUGGCGGGGACAAAGAUGAAGCACCUGCCAACACCACUGAACAUGCCAAUGAUAUGGGGCGAAGCCAGUCUUUUGGCAACAGGCAGAAUGGCAACGAAGCAUCAUCUCAACCAAUAGACAAGGAUUUUAGCAGAAGGGAUAGCUUUUCUGCUGUCCAGCCAGGAAACAGUGCUUCUCAACAAAGUGCAGAGAAGUUUAAUGAUCAUGUAUCUGCCCAGCCACCUUAUUCAUCACCACCUCCACCGUCUGAGUUCUCAUCUCCACAGUCCCAGUUCUCAUCUCCACAUCCAUCUUAUUCUUCUCCCUCAUACCAUGGAACAGAUUACCCUCCUUCUGACGUCCACACACCACAACCCAAUUAUUCAUCUCCGUCGUACACAAGCACAGACUACGCUACCAAUGAGGUCCACAGACCACCAUCCAAUUAUUCCCCACCCCCGUACACAAGAACAGACCACACUAUGGAUGAUGGCUAUAAUCCUCAGAGCAAUGAUAAACUGGAUGUUUCAGCUUAUCCUCACACAUACCACCAGCCACCCUACACAAUUGAACCUCAGCACACCUCUCAAAACUACUACUCUACAGAAACCCCACCUGCUCCGUACAGCUACCCUAAUUUCCAGUCUUAUCCAAGCCUCCAAGACAGCACACUACCCUCUGUCACAACUCAUCAAUCUGCAUUCCGUCCUGUUAGUGAUGGUGUGACUGCUCAAACAUACUCUCCGUCCACAUCUAAUAAUUCUGUACCAACAACACAGUACCGUUCCAGUGCCGAUGCUGCACCACCAGCUAGCCAGUAUAAGUAUGACAGCAGUUACCAGCCGGCAGUUGAGAAGAUAGCCGAGGCUCACAAGGCAGCACGAUUUGCAGUUGGUGCUCUUGCAUUUGAUGACGUUUCUAUUGCUGUGGAUCACCUGAAGCGGGCACUGGAUCUUCUGACGAACCCUUCGGCUGAAACUCAUUAGCUGUCUGGUCUUCAAAGAGAAAACAUCUUUUGUAAAUACACUAUGCUGUAAUUACCGCCACAUGGAAAUGUUGCCUGGUUGCAUACAUAGAUAGCUGGGGUGGCUACACAAAUCUAGGGGCCGAGAGGCAUUUAGCAGUAACAUGUUUGCAGCAUACGACCUUCUAGUGUCGCAUUGAAUUAUUUCUUGCAAGUGUUCUGCAGCAUACUAGCUAAUCGUGUCACAUUAAAUUAUUUGUUUUGAGAGUUUUGUCAGAAGGCUAUAUUCAAUUA